GUCAGUUAGUUCGUGUUUUCAUCUCUUGAGCGGGUUCGGUGAUACUGCUGACGUGUAGCUUUUCUCGACUUAACUAAUCAUCUUCUAUUCCUACAAUCGCAGAUGUCCGGAAACUGGUAAGCGCAAACAAAAACGGACACGAAGAACGCUGGUCUGGGUCCCCUUUUUCGUGUUCGUCUUUGUUUGCGCUUACAAAUUUCUUGAGCAACGUGCACCGAUUCGCCCAAGAAGUCUCGUUAAAUCACAGACGUGUAGAGGCGCCAGUCAUGGAAACCUCAACACAGGACCUCUACUCCCACAUCAAAACGAACUCGUCGCGCGUGCUCAUCUACGAGAGGGUAGACCUACAGCGCAAAGCGCUAGAUUGCAUACCCGUGUCGGAACUCUACCUCAAAGCACAGCUCGCAUUGACCGACUACUCCGAUCAGAACACAAACCGUGACGAGAGCCACCCCGGCCCAAGCCUCCAUGACUUUCUCCUCCUCGAGCUGCUUCAUUGGUUCAAGAAGUCCUUCUUCCACUGGGUAGACACACUCGACUGCAGCUACUGUCACGCACCUACCAAGAUGGCCGGCCGCGCGGAGCCGACGCCAGAGGAACGCCAAGGUGACGCUUCCCGCGUGGAACUGCACGCCUGCUCGCGCUGUCCAAACCAAGAGAGAUUUCCGAGGUACAACCAUCCUGGAAAGCUCCUGGAGACCCGGCGAGGCCGCUGCGGCGAAUGGGCCAACUGCUUCACCCUCUGCUGCCGAGCGCUGGACUUUGACGCGCGCUACGUGCUCGACUGGACCGACCACGUCUGGACCGAGGUGUUUUCAUACUCGCAGAAGCGCUGGCUCCACUGUGACCCCUGCGAGGCGGUUUGCGACGUGCCACUCAUCUACGAAGCCGGCUGGGGCAAGAAGCUCUCGUACGUCAUCGCCUUCUCCAAGGACGAGGUGCAAGACGUCACGUGGAGGUACACGUCCAGGUUUGCAGAGACGCUGAGUCGGAGGACGCUCUACGCCGAGGGAGAGCUCAUUCGGGUGCUGCUGACGGUCACCAGACAGUUGCAGGCACACCUGCCGGAGGGACUCAGGAACAGAAUGAUGCUGAAGAGAAUACUGGAGCUGUCGGAAUUUCUGAUCCCGGCAAAGGCCACCGACAGCGAACAUCACGGGAGGACUUCGGGUUCGCUGCAGUGGAGGCUGCAACGUGGGGAGAUGGGAGCUUCCUCGAGCAGUGUUGAGCCCUUUGUUUACAGACUUACAAACUCGAGGUGCAGGAACGUGGUGUUCAGGUACUCUGCGUCGAGGGACGAGUACUUUAUACUUGAAGACGGAGUGCAAAUGAUGCACUUUUCGGGCUGGGCAAAAGGUGCCUUUAGCGCAUUCAGGAUGUUUCGAAAGGAAGAGCAGGACUGGAAGAUGACGUACCUGGCGAGGAGGGAAGACGCCGCGGAAGGCUCCAUCUCCUGGAAGCUGGACUUCUCCCCCGGGAAUGCCGUCAAGAAGCUGGAGGUGAAGUGCGAGAGCACAACCUACGAGGACGGCAAGGUGGAGUGGCACCUGGCGAGCGAGAGCAAAACCAUUCUCCUCGAUGAUGGCCUCCAGUACUUCAUGUGCGAAGGAGUUCUUGUUCCUAUGAAGGACGGUUAUGCUGGAAAGAAGACGCAUACCGUGACAUGCCUGAAAGGGGCCCAGGCACUCUGCCUCAAGGCACGGGUUAGCGGCGGACGAGGUUCCAACGCCUGGCAGCAUGCACAGCUCUUUAGGCAGCCAUUGGAUGGCCAGCAGUUUGCCUUGGAGUUGGCUGUCACACUCACAAGUGAACACCUGCACUUAGAAGAGUGAACUCUUGUUAGGAUGUGGCGAAUUUCUGGGUGUCAUCUAUCAAAGAACUUUAGAUUGUCUUAUGAUAUGAUCGUCAAAAGUGGCAGUAUGUCUGUGAGUUGUCAUAGCUUCUUUGGCAUGCAACAUCAGUGGUGGCCAAAAAAAGAAUUUUAAGCAUUGGCCACCAUUUCUUUUUUUUUCAUACUAUCUUCCUGUUAAUCUUAAGAGCCAUCACAAGCAUCUUACAUGACUAAAAAUUUUGGAUAGAUGGUGUCAUAUCUAAGUAGUAAGGUGUAUUGCUCAAAGCAAGCUAUGCUUUUUUACGCACUCAUUAUUUUGUGAAGGUGAUGAAAAUGGAACUUUUUAUAAGAAAACAAAUAUGGAGGGGACUCCAAAGCAAGCCUGUGCCUUUUCACAGCUAUUUGACCCCCUUGGUGCUGUAAAAAGCCACAUUUGUACAUGUUCCAAUCAGCAGCUUGCGAAAGCUCUGAAUUCAAGCUGAAAAGUCUCGAAGAUUAAACCAAUGGGCCUGCGUUCGCUUGUUCAAUAACAGUUGCUGUGAAAACGACAUGCUGGUGGUUGCAACUUUUGGAGAAACUCCAAAGUGCCUAUGUGCAGGAAUGAACCAAGCUUUUUUAUGGCACUAAGAGUGUUGCUUUCCUCUCAGGUUUUGAUGUCCUAAUAAUGAUACUGAUAUAAUAAUUUAUAUGGGAAGUCCCCUGCUUUUUGAGUUUUUGGGUGAAUGAGUCAAACUCAUGGUGAAAAUGUUACUGUAGUAUUUUUCUUAGGUUGCACGAAGUGGUUUGUCUAAAACUAAGGGGUCAACCACUGACGCAGAUUAUUCUUACUCAUUUGUAGUAUUUUUAAAUACUUGCUUUCCUUUGUCAUGUUUUUAUUACAUUUAGAGUUGACACACUGCACUUUCGUCAACGAGCACAGAUGCAGAUUGCUUUGCUGAGACAAAUUGCUCUCCAAGGUCAAUCCUGUCCUGCUCACAUGCAUGAUUUGGUUUCAAUCAGUACUUCUAGAUUGGUCUGCAAAAGUGAUUAAUCAAAGUAGUACUGCUUUUUUUAAAAUCUUCCAUUAACUUUUAUGCACAUAUGCCAGUUUUUGUGAUUAUUUGGAAGCAACCCAUGUGUAAACAGGGCAAUUAUAGUAUUGAACUACUGCAGCAUUCAGGUUAUUGCAGAGACCAUUUUGCAUUUCUAAGUUGUACUUUCCCUUUGUUUCGUACAUAUUCAUUUACUCUUUUUUUUUUUACAUUGGGCUUUCACAAAUUUAUUACUAUGGAGUAACAAAACCACAAUCACCUGAAGCCUGAUGCAUGACAGUCAGACAUGAUAAGUUUUUCUGAGCUCUUAAAAUCCUAGCACCCGAAUGAGCUUUCGAAUUCAACUCCAAGAAACAAAACAAAAAACUAAAAGCAUUUUUUAGCUUAUUAAAUUAGACAAAGAAUUAAGGCCUUGAAAAAGUGGAAAUCUACAGAAUGAUAAAUUAUUGUACUGUGCUUGGAAUAUAAUCCGCUUUCAGUUGCAAACAUGGUGCUCUUGGCCGUCAUUCACUGACAAGCAGCUUUCUGAUUAUUCAGGACAUGUUGAGCAGCAUGCAUAUUUGUGCCGAGAAGUGGCAGCAUGUGGCCAAUUCAUUUCGAUGUGAACGCUAAUAUAGAAGCUUGGAAGUCUGCAUACUCUGCAAGUGUCUUGCAAUUCUGGGAUGAGCCAAAUAGCAGAUGCUUAGUAGAAAACAUUCUGCUGAUUGUUUGCUACAAACACUGCAAUACCCUCAUGGUGUAAUACGCCAAAACAACAGGGACAGACA